AUGUUAGAGCCGUUUUCAUACAAUCCCCUUGCCGAUCCAACAGUCGAGAUACGUCUCCUUCGCGUGCAUCAUGGAUCUAUGGUGCCUCAUGCGGCCGAAGAAGUCCAAGGCUUCCUUCCAACGCAACGAUCAACCGAGACUUCAACAAACUCGUCCUCUAAAGGCUCUAUCUCUUGGACACUAACGCAUGUGUCUAUUGACGAUUGCCCUCCUUACACGGCUCUGUCUUAUGCCUGGGGCGAUCCCACGCCUUUGUACCCAAUUGUCGUCAACGGUAGGGUACUCUAUCUUGCCAAGAACAUUUAUGAAGCCCUGCAGGCAAUUUCAAACCACCCAGGAUCGCCAUACCUAUGGGUCGAUGCUGCGUGUAUUGAUCAGAGUGAUGAUGCAGAGCGGAGUAGUCAGGUCCUAUUGAUGCAUCGAAUCUAUCGCGAGGCGGAACACGGACUCAUCUGGCUUGGUCCUCCAACGGAUGGGUUAUUAAACGCACUGCGAGUUCUUUCUCAACUGGGCUGGGAUUUCUGGUCGCUACGGAAGGACGAUCAUAAUUCCAUUUGUUUUGAACCUACAACGCCGUACUUUACUCUUGCCCAGAGGUUUGUGCAGAGCGUUACCGAUAAGACAUGGCUUGAUAUUAGAGAAUUAUUAUCACGGCCGUGGUGGCGUAGAGUAUGGGUUAUUCAGGAAGCCAUACUUCCAGAAGAGGCGUCCAUGAUGUGUGGUACUCUAGUCGUUUCCUGGCGUAAUAUUCUAGAAGCGAUUCAGUUUUUUUCGCUGCUACUUCUCGACACUCACCUCGACCUAGCAGCCCAAGCCCAAGAGAUUGCAUUUGCAGUAGGGCACUUCAACUUGGUAAAUCGGUAUUAUCUCGAAGCCUCCGAAGAGAGCUCACCAGGUCUGACUCUGGAAAGCCUGUUGGAUUCCAUCCGAUAUAUUAAAUCCGGCGUUAUCAAAGCCACUGAUAAUCGAGAUCACAUGUAUGGACUGAUGGGUUUGCUGAAAGAUAAAGACCGCGACGCCAUCAAUGUCGACUACUCCAAGAGAACUACACUGGCAAACAUUAAUUACGAUAUGUCCUGUAUUCUGCUCGGUCGUAACGGCCCGCAAGUCAUGUCCUUGUGCGAACGGUCUCCAAUGCACCAAGAUGGGCUUCCAUCUUGGGGAUUUGACUGCCUUGAUAUCGGCGGCACCAAGGGUCCAGCGUUGCUAGGACAAAUUCAGUUUCGAAAAGAAACUAACUCGCCAUACAAUGCUUCCUCAGGUACUUCCUGGACACCACGCAAGUUAAGCAUUCCGUUCAAACAGCCCAGGCUCACGUUGAGGGCGUUGAGACAGGGCAGAGUACAGGGGCUCGUCCAAACGGUAUUACCGCCUCAAUUUACAGUGGAUGAGUUUAGAGACUGGCUAUCUGAGCUGGAGACUAAAACGCGAGAUAUUGCUUCAGGCAAAGUUCCAGAAGUGGAAACAGAAUAUCUUCUUUCUCUCAUCUGGCGUUUACCAAUCGCUGGAAUUGCACUGCGGAACUGGAAGCCCCCAACCCACGAGGAAGACGUUCAACUUCUGCGGGGUUUCAAAAUUCUGCUUGGAUUAGUUCCUAAGCCCGAAAAUAUUGGUAACGACAUCGAGCGGUUUCGUGAGUGGUUUCAGGAAGGCGUCGACCUCUAUAUGCGUUCAAUAAAACUCCUCUGGCAUAAGGCUUUUGUAACUUCAUGUGGUUUGCCAGGAUUGGGGCCAAAAGACGUUUUGGAAGAUGAUGUUGUAGCCAUAUUUGAAGGGGCGAAUAAUCCCUUUAUAAUACGGGAGCGGCCUGGUGAAACGUUUCGCAUUGUGGGAUGUUGCUACAUACUUGGUCUGAUGAGGGGAGAGGCAAUGCGUCCUGAUGUCACAUUCGAAGAUAUUGUCCUAAUUUGA